AUGUUCCAACCUCGAAUCCGGUAUUUUAGUGCUUUGAGAGCGCUGCGCAACAAGACCCCGCGUGUGUCGCCGGCGGAAAGCCAGGUAGAGCAGCCCACAGACGCCGAAGAAAGCCCUCUUUCGCCUUCUGAACUCGAGGCAAUCAACAACAUACAGUCGUCGCUCUACCAGCCCAGCGACCCGUUUCUCGAACCGUCCAAGGCCGAUCUGAUCCAACAAAAGAUCGACGCCAUCUCACAGAAACUAGAACGACAGAAGCAGCUUGAGCAGGCCAGGUACCAAAAGCUCAUACAGGAGCAGGAGCAGGCCCUUCGUCCCACGUUGGGCGACUACAAACGGCCCAUCACCUCGUUUCUGCUUCUGGGGUCCGGCGUGUAUCUGCUGCUCCAGUACGCAUGGACGUAUUUGGAGGGAGAAGAGCACAUCAUCGCGAUGGAGCACAAGACACGAGAAUACGAAAAGGAAAUCCAGACACUGCUAGAUCAGCAGGUUCCAAAGAAAAACUGGUUUUGGAGCUAGAACGCCUCUGUAAUUACGCAAUAAUACUUAGAGUUUAACCGAAGAAGUUGUAGGAUUUGCCGGUCUCCUUAGCUGCAGCGUCCAAGACAGACUUGGCGGCAGAAGCGUCGGCACCGUUCAACUUGCGUGCAACAUCGGCCAGAGAAACGUCGCUCAGAGCCUCUAACAAAGUCUCGAUGUCUGCGUCGAUGAGAGUGGCUUUAUCCUCGGCCCCAAAGUACCCGCUGUCCUUGGCAGCAGCUCUGAUGGCACGCUUGUUCUUUUUCUUAGCGCUCUUAGCCGCCUCCUUGGCCUUCUUUGCAUUCUCUUUUUCGAGCUUGGCAUUGGCCUCUGCUUCUGCCUUGGCCUUGGCCUCGGCCUCGGCCUUCAUGCGGGCUUCCUCAGCAGCCUUUCUAGCGCCAGCUUCUCUCUCCCACUUCUUUCUGGCCUUUUCAGCUUUUUCCUCCUCCUUGAACUUUUUAAUUCUUGGGUCCUCAGAGUUGGCUCUCUUCACGAGAUCGGCCAAUCUCUUGUUGUCCUCAACCUUUCUCUUCUUUCUAGCGUUGUUGUUCUUCUUCUCAAUGUAACGCUUGUGAUCUCUGUUGGCAGUGUCGUCUGGAACGUCCUCGUCCAGGAACUCGAAGCUUCUCCAGGAGUCAAAGUUGGCCCAGAACUUGUAGAACGCCUCCACUUCCUCCUUGCUGGACUCCAUCGUUCCGAGAGAAGGAACAGGCUGCUUGUUGGAGAAUCUGGCCUCCGACUCAAACACAGGCGUCCAUGCCUCAAAGAAGUCGUAUUUUCCCUUUGGCGAUGGAGGCUCGACGUCGGCAUUGAAGUCAACAGAGUCGUACUGUCUUCUUUUGAUAGGAUCCAGCAGAGUCUCGUAAGCUUUCUGGAUAAUUUUGAAAAAUCCGUCCUGGUCUAGUCCACCAGCAGCUCCCUUUUUGUCUGGAUGGUGCUUGAGCACUUGCUUACGGUGGGCCCUUCUAAUCUGGUCCUCGGUAGCUCUGUAUCUGAGUUUUGACAGACCCAUCACUGCGUAAAGAUCGGCGGUCUUCCAGUCUCUUGGGUCAUGCUCCAGGAGAUCUUCGCUCUGUUCCUCGUCAAACUCGUCGUCGUCGUUCGACUCUUCCACGGACUUGACGUUCUUGGAGGCCUCGAGUUUCUCGUACUCGGACCAGGUGUGGCCUCUCAGAGUUCUGGUGGCGUGGGCUAGGAAAUACUUGCCAACAGGCUCAACAGGACGCUUGACAGCAGGGCUGUAGUUGGCGUGAGCUUUGAAAUCGCCAGAGAAGCUGGCAG